CCCCCUUCCACAUCUUCAGCCAGCAGCGAUUCAGACACCGGGGAGAGGGAGGCUAAACAGUAGGAGCAUCUACACUCGGAAUUGUGCUAUCAGCACCGACGGACCUACGAUAAUCUCGGAGCCCCUCAACUUUGUUAGUGUGGUUCUUCAAAUUAUGUCCCCCAUUUAUUCCCAGAUUUCGCAUCCACUCACUGAAGCUAGUUGAGAGAGCAGAAGAAGCACAGAUAGAAGAGAAAGAAAGUGAAGAUUAAAGGGAGAGAGGCGAGGUGGUGAAAGUCUGAACCCUCUUUUAAUUAUACGGGCAAAAUUGUUAGUGUGGUUCUUGACUCGCUUUUCUGGUAAAGAUUCUUUUUUUGGGCAAAAUUUCUAUUAUAGAUUCUGAAACUUGUGUUUCACUGGUAUGGGGCUUACUGUGUUCGAAAAAAUGCCGAACUGAGAUAGGGGGCUAGCGCGCCGAGAGAGAGAGAGGAAGGGGUAUCUGAUUGUGCAGUGAAAUGGUGACCUACCUGGUGAAAUUUCUAAGAAAAAAUCCGGUCAGUCAUUUUAUAUGUGUUCGGUCAAAAACGACAUCUUCCCAGUAUGUAGCUUCUAGGGCUAGAGACCCCACGUUUGAGAAGCUGAUGGACAAGUACAAAAACUUUCUCAAAGUCAUUGCAAUUCAGGAUCUUAUCCUUGCAAACCCAAAGAAGCAGUCAGUCUCAGUUGAAUUUCUCUCCAGACUCUCCCAGAAGCUCCAUCUCAACCGUGGUGCCACCGCUUUUCUGCGCAAGUACCCUCAUAUUUUCCAUAUUUUCUAUGAACCAAGUAAGUCCCAGCCAUUUUGUAAAUUAACUGAUGCUGCUCUCGAUAUUUUCCAUCAGGAAGCAGUAGCCAUCAAUGAUUCGAUACCUGUUGUUAUUGAUAGGCUAGUCCGGAUACUGUCCAUGUCUGCAUCUAAAAUGGUACCUCUUCGUGCUAUUUUCAAGGUUUGGCGGGAACUUGGGCUUCCUGAUGAUUUUGAGGACUCGAUUAUUUCUCAAAAUCCUCAUCUCUUUCAACUGUGCGAUGCUCAUGAACCUAAUACUCAUUUAUUGAAACUGGUUGAUGUGCUUCCCAACAGUCAUUUUACAGCAGCAGUUGAGAAUUGGAGGGUUGUUGAAUGCUGUAAAGAAGAUUGCAAGCUCGAUCGAACGGAAAUGCAGUUUAGUUUCAAACACACGCAUCCUCCAGGGAUGAGGCUGAGUAAGAGUUAUAAGGCCAAGGUGAAGAAAUGGCAGAGUUUGCCAUAUUUGGGUCCAUAUGAGAUGAUGGGUGAGAAGAAGAAAUCCAAGGCUGGAAUGAUGGCUUUAGAAAAAAGAGCCGUGUCAGUUGUUCAUGAAUUCCUUGGCUUGACAGUGGAGAAGAUGAUUGAAGUAGAGAAGAUAAGCCAGUUCAGAAAAUGGUUUGGGAUUGACUUGAACAUAAGGGAUUUGUUCCUGGAUCACCCGGGGAUAUUCUAUUUGUCAACUAAGGGAAAACGGCACACUGUAUUUCUGAGGGAAGCUUAUGAGAGAGGGUGUUUGAUUGAACCAAAUCCUGUGUACGAGGCAAGGAGAAGGCUUCUUGAUCUUGUUCUUUUGGGACGUCGGGGUCUACCUGCUGUUAAUUCCAAGUACCAGGAUCGAAGCGGUGACAAUGAGGAUGAACAAGAGUAUAGCCGACAAAGACAUGACUCAUAAUCUCCUUGACAGGAGCUUUACGACACUUGCAACGAUGACAAGGUUCUAUUUUCCUUGUCGCAUGACUGUCUUUGAUGUUUAUGUUUCUGCUGCUGGUACAAGAGGCAAAAUACGAUGCCACAGUUCCUGAUUCUUUUAUAUUCUCUGAUUUUCAAUAUUGUGGUAGCUCUUAGACGGUUCCUCUCCGAAGAGUGCAUGGCAAUCAAAAUGGAAGACUUUUCUUGGGGUGUUGCUACCAUAUUUGUUCAAGAAUUGCUCCAGAGGAAGAGGCAAGGGCUUGAACAUGACAUCUAUUUUACCUUGGGGAAACCUCACGCACGCUGAAAACAUGCCAUCGUGUAGUGUGGGACAUCAUCAUAUGCUCCUGAAAAUGCUUCACUUCGGACUAAGGUUUCUCAAGGAACCUGAGAAUCUUUUGGUAAUGCAUGACUCUCUUAUGGCUUAAUUUAUAUAGGAUUGGAAGGGUAGCCUGUUAGUGGAAACUAAGGUGUGUUCUUCCAAUAUUCUUGACCAUUAUUCAAGAUAAACUAUAUUUUAA